AUGGCUAGACUGAUAAUUUUUUUCUUGGGGGUUGUGAUGGUGGACGCGUACAGCCGUCACCCGAAGUUUCCCAAGUUCGCCGCCUCGGAGGAGACUGAAGUGCAAAGUGUUAUUAAAAAUGUAACCUGUAACAGUUCACAUGAUAAACUUAGAAACGAUUUGAUUGUGAAGGCAAGAUGUGGCGAGCCGAAAGAGGUGUUUGAGAAACUUAACUUGAAGGGUUCCUAUUUACAGGUGUCGCCAAGCCACGUCUGGGUCAAGCGGUGCGUGGGGCUUUGCGAUUACGAAGCCUCAGGUUCUCAGUGCACUCCGACGAGGAUCAGAAAGGAACAGAUACCGGUUCGAAUAUUCAACCUAAAAACCAAGAAGGAGACGUGCUCCACGUACGAGAUGGACGUACACGAGAGUUGCGGCUGCUGCCUCGUUGGGGCGAAAGACUGCGUCGCCCCCAAAGUGUUCAACCCUCGUAAGUGUUCCUGUCAGUGCCCCAACAUGGAAGAGAGACGGCAAUGCCUCAAAAAGAGAAAUAUGAAUAUGAGGUGGAAUAGAUCAAAGUGCGCUUGCGAACCACGAAAGCGGGUCACAAGCUGGUGA